AUGGCCGACGAGAAAAGACUGUCUGCCAGGCGUAAGCACACUCUGAAGAGCUGCAUGCUGGUGGUCGCCAACAAUCUGUUGGAGACUGAAGCCACCGCAAAGGCCGAGGAACGGGAGAAGUUCCUGGCAGGCAAAUGUCCUCCUGUGGACAUACCGUACUCCAGGGACGAGCUCACGGAUCUCUGCCAGAAGCUUCAUGAGCAGAUCGGGAUCUGUGAGGAGGAGCGAUACUGCACAGAGUUUAAACUGGACAUGGUCCUGAACGAGGUAAGGGAUCUAAACAUCAAGAUUGUUGAUCUGAGAGGGAAAUUCAAGAGACCCCGCCUGAAGAAGGUGCGCAUGUCUGCGGACGCCAUGCUGAAAGCUCUGCUGGGCUCCAAACACACCGUCAACAUGGACCUGAGGGCCAACCUGAAGCAGGUCAAGAAGGAGGUCAAGGAAGAGGACAAGCAGCUGCGUGACGUUGGCGACUGGCGUAAGAACAUCGAAGACAAGUCUGAUAGAAAGAAGAUGUUUGACAGUUAA